AACCCAACUAUGUUUACGUCUCGAGCGCAGUGUUCGAUGGAAGUUGGAACAUGACUUCGUAGCACGUUGCUUCCGGGUCUUCCUCUGAGAAACCCCCUAUUGUCCUACUCUUUCUUAUAUUCCUCUUUUAUUCCCAUGUUGUGCACCUAUCUUUCACGCCGAGCUCGAGAUAAACCCUGCUCGUCUCUUCUCCCUCGCACAGCUCUUUAGUCCACAUCAUGCAGAAAAGUCAAGCGACGGAGGUGAUUGAGGAACAGAAGCCCGAAGUGGUAAGAUCGGAGAAGGAGUUAGGGUCCCCGAACGCAGAUAAAGUGUCCAUCCGGGAAGACGAGGCGGAACCCGUCCCUCAUCUACACGCGAAGACCUUCCUGACCCUCUUCGCUAUCUGCCUAAUCUGCUUUGCUGAAGUUAUCAAUGUCGUCGGUGCAGGUUCUCGCGCCCGAGACAUCGCAAUCGUUGUGGGCGGCUCAUCUAACACUGUGUGGCUCACGUCUUCAGUCACUAUCCUUACCGUUGUGCUCAGCCCACCUGUGUCACAAGCUUCGGAUUAUUGGGGCCGAAGAUGGUUUCUGAUUGUCUUGACUCUCUGUGGCUCUGUCGGCUCGGUAAUCGUUGCUCGCGCAAAAUCUAUGAGAAUGGCUAUUGCGGGCGAGGUAGUGACAGGGUUGUCAUACGGCGCGCAGCCACUGCUACACGCUAUAAGCUCAGAAGUCCUACCACGAAAGUAUAGACCAUAUGGACAAGCUCUUGAUAACCUGGCUGGGGCGCUGAGUGGGUUGACAGCAAUCUUGGUCGGAGGAGCCAUGACACGGCAUGGGAAUCACGCAGGCUUUCGCAAUUAUUGGUACAUGUCGACCGCUUUCUACACCAUCGCAGCAGUCAUCUGUUUCUUGCUCUACAACCCUCCUGUUAGGGAGUCGCAGAUGGGGCUCACCAAUUGGGAAAAGAUACGCAAGCUCGAUUGGAUUGGUUAUGCACUCCUUGCCACAGGCCUCGUCCUGUUCUGUAUGGGACUAGUUUGGUCACAGAAUCCGUACCCAUGGACCAAUGCCCAUGUUUUGGCGCCCUUCCUGAUCGGAGUUGUCCUGAUUGCCUGCCUUGUACUAUAUGAGACGAGGUUCAAGAAGGAUGGUAUGUUCCACCACGGCCUAUUCUCUCGGGGGUGGAACUUUGUCAUCGCGCUCAUAUGUCUGUUUGCUGAAGGUUUAGCCUUCUUCGCCGCGAACAACUACUUCUCUUACGAACUGAUUGUCCUUUACAACACGGAUCCGCUGACGACCGGCGUCCGAUAUGGCAUCAGUUCCAUGGUGUACGCAGUAGUGACCUGUCUAGCAGGCGCCUUCUGCUCCAUUACGAAGAGAAUUCGUUACCCCACAGCCCUUGCCUUCAGCUUUACGACCACCUUCUUCAUAUGCAUGGCUACAGCAACCCCCGGAUCAUCGACGGCAGUGUGGGCGUAUCCAGUCUUCCUCGGUAUGGGGCUUGGCAUCUGUCUCUGCGCUCUUGUGACCGUCGCUCAGCUCAGCACCACCCCGGAACUCAUUGCCAUCGCAAGCGGUUUGACGAUUUCCGUCCGAUCAUUUGGUGGCUCUGUGGGCCUAGCAGUCUUUAACGCAAUCUACACAUCCAAGUACGGCGGCAGCAUAAGCCCCAAGAUCGCCGCAGCUGCUCUGCCUCUUGGGCUGCCUUCCACUUCCCUACCGGCGUUGAUAGAGGGCCUCACCUCUGCCAACUCCACUGCUAUUGCAGCGGUUCCUGGAAUCACACCUGAGAUUAUAAGCGCGGCUACCGGAGGUCUACUAGAAGCUCACGCUAUAGGAUUCAGAUAUGUUUGGGUCACGGCCGGAUGUUUCUCAGCCACUGCAGCAAUUUGCGCCCUCUUCUUAGUUGACCCAACCAAAGAGUUCAACAUGCACAUCGACGCUCCAGCAGAGAACGAGAAGGAAUUAUUCUCCUGA